GGUGGGACAUUAGAUAAUGUGGGUGUGAAAAAAAAAACUCUUGUGGCAUAUAAUAUGACGUUUCGGGGCUACUUUCUCCUAAUGGAAGGCGUUUUUUGGAUUUAUCGUAUAUAUUUGCUCACCACGGGAAGUUUAAAGUAAACUUUCGUAACAUAUGCAAGCUGUGGAUAUCAGACACGUUCCUGUACGCAUAGCAUCCUGGAGUUUGCGGAUUUAUUCGGUCUCUUGUCUCUUGUGGAUAAAAUUUGAUGGCCUAAACUGUGAGCGUAAUGAUGGCUGAUGAUGAGAAUGGAGAUCAGAGCUUGGACACGGUGAGCUUGCAGACGGAGGGCAGUCAUUUUGGAGACGAUGGAGAAAGCUCUCUGGGCUCUGACUCCGAGAUCAAUGGCAUGCCAGGCUACAGAGAGACAGACAAGUAUGGCUUUAUCGGAGGAGCACAGAAGUAUUCGGCCGAAUCAGCCGAGGACGUUCCUCCAGCCGUGUUAAGGCAGAGAGAGCUGAAAUGGUUGGACAUGCUGAAGGACUGGGACAAAUGGAUCAACAAGAGAUUCAAGAAGGUGAGACUGCGAUGUCAGAAAGGAAUCCCUCCAUCGAUUAGAGGCAGAGCCUGGCUUUACCUGUCAGGAGGGAAAGUAAAGAAGGAGCAAAACAGCACAACAUUCAAGGAGCUGGAAAGCAAGGAGGGCGAUCCAAAGUGGAUGGAUGUGAUUGAGAGAGAUUUACACAGACAGUUCCCUUUCCAUGAGAUGUUUGUGUCACGAACUGGACACGGGCAGCAGGAUCUGUUUCAGGUGCUCAAGGCAUACACACUCUACAGGCCUGAUGAAGGUUACUGUCAGGCUCAGGCUCCGAUCGCUGCAGUGCUGCUCAUGCACAUGCCUGCUGAGGAUGCAUUUUGGGGUCUUGUUCAGAUCUGUGAGAAAUACCUUCCCGGUUACUACAGUGCUGGCUUGGAGGCCGUUCAGCUGGACGGAGAGAUCCUGCACGCGCUGCUGAAGCGGGUUUGUCCGACGGCGUAUCGACACCUGGACAAGCACAAGAUCGAACCUGUGCUCUACAUGAUGGAGUGGUUCAUGUGUGCCUUCUCCAGAACUCUGCCCUGGGCCUCGGUCCUCAGAGUGUGGGACAUGUUCCUCUGUGACGGAGUAAAGAUUAUAUUCCGUGUAGGCUUGGUGUUGUUGAAGUCCAUGCUGGGAUCUCGGGAAAAGCUAAAGGCUUGUCCGGGUCAGUAUGAGACCAUGGAGGUUCUCCGAGCGAUUGAACCCAAAUACAUGCAGGAGGCCUUCUUAGUGCACCAGGUUCUAGAAAUGCAGGUCUCUGCACGGGACGUGGAGCGUGCGCACCGUAGGCAGCUGAAGCGCUGGAAGAAGAAGCGUGGCGAGCCAACCCGCAAACCCCCUCUGAGAAUGCACAGUGCUCGUGCCAUCAUAUCCAACGAGCCUCAUACACGCCAAGACCUCCACCAAAACCCCUCCAUCAUCGUCCCAUUCCCAUCGAUCCCUGAGGAAAUAUCCGAGACGAGCCUCAGAAAGAAGAGAGGUUCCAUGAAAAGAAACCAACCCCUCAACAUCCCUAACCCCUACGCCCUACCCACAGAGUCUAAACUUAGUUCGAUAUCGGAAACACAGCCUCUGAACAAUGAAAACCAAUAUGUCGUAUUUCCAAAUCCUCCAUCACAUCCAGCCUCGCUCUCUAAAGAGCAGAAAAAUCAAGUCAGGGAGACGAAGGUUUCUACAGAGCGACUCGUGCAGUCAUUACCGAAUUCCACCGUCAGUCCGACACCGGGAUCGCUUCCUCUUCAGCAUCUAUCACUCCUACCUUCUCUCGCACACGAAUCAACUCCCGGGUGGCGUCCUCACCUGCUGGACUCCCCUCGCGUCCUAUUUCCAAAACCCGUCCCCGACCACGACGACCUUCCUAAUAAUACAGAAAAGUCUGCUGCCAUUCAGGGUCAGUCUACAGACCCGAGCACUCCGCUUACACACAACGAAGACUCGACUGCGGUGCUCCAGGACAAAAACGGUGUGCUGCAUAACUCCGCAGAGAGCAUCUGCAGCUCGGAGGACACCUACUUGUAACUUUCGCACACUUGGCGACUCGAAGAAACACGACACUGCAGAUUCGGGAGAAAUAUUUACAUUAUUUUUUUACAUGCAGUUGUUUAUUUGAGUAAGAACAUGGGAUCAGUUAUUUUUUUUUCUUAAACUCAAAUUCACACAUUUUCACCCGAGAGGCAGCCGAGAUGUUUGGUGUCGAAAGUCAGACUGCAAACACGUCGCGGCUUAUCGACUAAAAUUAGGAUGAAAGUGAAACGGUGCAAAUUUUUGUUCUUUUCUUUUCUUUUUCUUUUUUAAUUAAGAAACUUGUAUUUCUUCCAUUUUUCACUAUGAAAAAAACUCGGAUCAGUGGCGUCAGAGAAAUUCCCGUAAAAACACAUCAUCAGCGUCUCACAUUCCGCCAUGCCAGUGUCCCUGCGGUGCUGAGAAAUGAUCCAGCACCCUAACGAACCUGCUCAGCGCCGGUCGAAUCAGCUUACCUUUCCCUCGAUGGACGGUGUAGAGCGUCACUGGCAAAUUGAUGAGCUACAGUUACUAUUUAUAGACCUAAAAAUGCCAGAAUGUUUUCCAGUACUCAGACACAAGAGUCAUUAAACCUGAUGGAAAGUGGAGCUUCACACUACUUUAAGACCAACUCAGGUUCUGAGGUUCGUGUGUCUGAGGCUCUACAUCUGAGUCUCUGCGUCUGAAAAGCUCUACCCGUGAGUCCACACGUCCUGGGAUCUGACGUCCGAGGCUCGGGAUCUCAGGCUUUACUUCUGAGGCUCGGACUUUGCUUUCUGUUCUUCACUUAUAUCAUUUUAACACGUUUGUACCUUAAUGGACUUCAGUUAAAACUACAUAAUGGACAUGUGCUAAUAUUCAGUUUUUAUAUCACGCUCAGCUUAGGAAAUGUUGGCCUGCCUAGUAGAUCUGGGUGAUUUAUAAGAAUUUCCUCUCGUUAUUUUAAUUACUCAUUCAUUAGGCUCGUAGUGUUCAAGUGGCAGGAUCCCCGCUUUCAUCGACACAGCCCGGGUUCAAGUCCCGAAUCUCAGUGCCGGAUCCCAAGCCCGGAUAAAAUGUAAAACCCGAUGCAGACCAGAUGAUCCGCUGAGGCAGAUGCAGACCAGAUGAUCCGCUGAGGCAGAUGCAGACCAGAUGAUCCGCUGAGGCAGAUGCAGACCAGAUGAUCCGCUGAGGCAGAUGCAGACCAGAUGAUCCGCUGAGGCAACCCAAAACAGAGCAGCACUGAUGUUUAACAACAGUUUUAAUUUUAAUGUUUUUUUUGUUUUGUUUUUUAAAUACAAUGCAAACACACUGUGUUUAAUAAGGUAAAGAGAAUUAGUACAAUCUGACGACUGUACAAUACGAUGACGUCUUAUUUGAACUAUUUUACACACACAUGCCUAAAGUCAUCAAACGUGACACACUAGAUUCAGUAACGCUUCAUUCACAGUGCAAAUUUAAGUAAUCUUUCAACGCUGCUAUCAAAACCGCCUCUUUCAGACCCGAACGCACAGCGCGGAUGUCUUUUUUUUUUUUUUUUUUUUCUUCGUCUCGUGUGUUUAACAGCGUGAUAUGUUGUAGAAUUGUAUAUCGGCUGAUUAUUCAACUGAACACCGUCUUACCUUUUUCUUCUCGGCCACUAGACGGCAGACUUUAUUCAGAUGCGUGCACACUGUCCACAAACACCCUAAAGUGCACCGAGAAGUCUUUUUAACGAACGAAUCUCAUACAAAACACUUUGUUUCUGUUACACUAACGCACAUGUAUUCAUUUGGCGGAUUUUUUUUCAUUCUGCUCUCUAUGCAACACACGAAUCGUCUGACAUAAUUGUAAAAUAGUUUCAUAGUUUUCUCAAUGAAAUGUCUGCUAUAUAUAUGAUAUGAUAUAAUUCAUACCACACUACUGUCAACUUCUCACUAAUUUGCUAUGAUUACUUUAUUUCUGUAGUAACAAAUCAGACAGGGAACUCUACGAUAGACGAGUUACACAAUCGGAUACUUUCGAGCUAUGAAAAGCCCGUGGUCUUCAGCACGGAGUUUGAGACUUGGGGAAGGAGUCUCCAGUGUCAGCGCAGUACGUUUUUUCAGUGCGUGCUUUACGGUUUCAUUGUCACAUCACAAGCUGCAUUUAAAAACGCAGUUUUGCACGGAUUUAAAGCUGUAAAAGUUUUAAUCCCAGACCUUCGAGAUCCCGAAUCAAUCCUCCAGCCCUCAACUCACCUGAUAAUUCAUUUGUUCUGAGGUUUUUUUUUUUUUUCUGUUAUGUUGCCUUGAGGGAGGGGGGAAAAAAAUCUACCAAAUAAAUAAAAUUAUCCUAGAUAUUUUUUUUUUUCUUCAAGUUUUGCCCACAUCUAGUAUUACAUCUAGUUACACUCAUUCUUACAUUAAUGGGAGCUGUUACUUUAUUUUUUGUACAUAUAUAAAUUUUCUAAUCUUAUUACUGAAGCUUUGUGACGCUGUUUGUUUGUUUGUUUGUUUUUUUUCAGAGAAUUUUAACACAGUUUUUUUUGUUAAAUGAUUAUUAUAGAAUUUCCUACACAACAUUGUUUUUCGUAAACAUUCCUAAAGCUUUGGUUCAGAUUUCUUCCGUUCCUUUUCUUUUCGUCAAAGCCGAGCAUAUUACGUUCAAUAGCAUAACUGCUAAACUUUAACGAUUUGCAAUAUUCUAAUAAACUGUACCGAGAAACGACUCGACUCGUCAUCAGAAUUAUGAGACGGACUCUCGAGAUGUCGCACGGGACAAACUACAGGACAGAUUGUUUAUUAAGACAGACUUCAUCUCGAGACCAUCACAUACUCUGUUAUGGUGGCAUUUGAAUGUUCAUGGAGAUGUUCACAACAACAACAACAUGGCACUUAUGUCUAAUCUAUAAAUUUCAUUCUGUAGAUGUUGUACAAUCAGAUGCUAUCUAAAUAAAAACAAUAACCAGA